AUGACUAACGAAACCUUUCUGAACAGCAUAUUUUGCAACAUCACUUCAAUGAAAUUCACCACAAUCGCUACCAUUGCCAGCGUUCUUGCUUUUGCAACUGCUGCUCCAACUCCAACCACAGCUGAAUCAGUUCCAACUGCUACGGUUACUGUUGCCGCUCAUUCAAUCUCACCUAUUUUCACUGAUCUCUCUACUAUAAGAAGCGACGUUGAAACUAUCCUUCAAGAUGUUCAAACUAUUUCUCCUUUAAUUGUUGGUGAUAAUUCUAUUCCCGCUGAAGUUGUUGAGUUGAUCAUUGCUCUUGGAAAAUCAGCUCAAGAUAUUGCUGACAUUGUUGGAAUUGUUUCAACGGACCUUACCGCUAUCUUUGGUGCAGUUGGUGCUGCUGCUGCUGCUGCUGCAUAA